CUGGAGGCAACGGUACUGGUUUUAUUUAAGGGUAUCAGAGAAAUGAGUCCUGAUUACUAAUGUUCACAACACUUUUACUCUUUGCGUUGCUGUAGCACAUCGAGGCGUCUGACUGUAACGUGCCAGGAAGGGUAAAAGUUCAGCUGCUGUGAAGAUUUGAGCCGGUUUUACAGGCACAUCGCGUUCUGACGAGGCUCGUUUGCCAGGCGAAACCACCUUUAAAAACUAACAACCCCUAGGCAGGUAAUAAACUCCACGCCUUUGUAGUAAAAAUAUCUCUAUGACGUACUAUUUAUGUACUAAAUGUGUUAGCUGUUAACAUGAAAUCAUCACGAUUAAUAUAAUUUGGGCUUGAAAAUUCCAGCUUGAGCGUAUUUAAUCUACAUAGUGUGCUUCCAUUAGUGAACUGUUGGAGGAAGACGAUUGCCUUUCCAAUAAUGUUCUGAUUUAUUGAUGUUCAUUUUAAAAAAUAUCAACCUGCUAAGACAACUUUUAAAGCAGGCUGAGGGUUUCAGCCUGCUUUUACCUGCAUGUUUUAUUAUUAUUCAAUGUUUUUUGUUUUCGCCAAAGGUCUUAACUUAAUAUCUUUACUUAAGAUAUGAGAUGCAAUCUGCUGGGUUUCCUUAGAAACUUUUUAAACUACUUUGAAUGAUCAAUUACUGCACUGUUUGAUAACUACAAUCAACAGGAAUGUAUGUAAGAUCGAAUUGAACUGAUUCCUUUUUUUUUUUUUUUUUUUUUUUGGUAAAGUGCCUAGAGACGAUAUUUGCUGUGAAUCGGUGCUAUAUGAAUAGAUAAACUGUAUCGAAUUAGAUUAUUUUUUUUUUUUUAACGAGUGAUGAUUUGCUUAUUUCAGCAGCCUUCUGGGUCAAGGUGUUUAUCCAACCCGCCCUCAGUCCCUCCAACAGUAAACAGGCCUCACAAGAGGCCCAUUCAGCAGCAACUGGCAACCCUACCGACACUGCCACGUCUAAGCGUCGGUGUGUACAGCCAGCCGUGGGGUUAACGCUUCUCAUUUCACUUCAAAUGAUCCACAAGCGAGAGACUUGUGGAUCAUUAUUUGUUAUUUUAUCUCAGCUCGCGCACCUGGACGACAGGCCAAAGGUGUUCGGUUCAGGGUGUGCCAGCCUGCGCACUGUAAAAUGUAACUUCCCCAUAGGCAUAUUAUUCCGUAUGAGGGGAAGCGGGGAUCUGCGGGGUGAGGGGAGUCCAUGGGACUUCGGGUUGCUUGGAGACAAGCGGGCCCCUUUCCCAGAGCAUCCCGGAGGACAGGUGUCCGGACAUUAUCUUUGGAAGUUGUCCUGAAAAGGCCCCGGCUGUGUGUGUGCGCGGCCGCCGCGGGCUUCCUGCUCCUCCUGUCGGCCUGUGCACGGUACCUGCCGGACCAGGCCGCCCCGCAGCAGCAGCAGCCGCCCGAGGUGACGCUCCUGAUCUGGACGCAUCCCUUCGGGGAGUACCGCGAACUUCCGGACUGCCUGCAGCUUUAUCAGAUCCGCGGGUGCAACCUCACGGACGACCCAUGGGCGUACCCGCAGGCCGACGCCGUGAUCAUCCACCAUCGGGAGAUCGCCAGCGGUGACGCGUAUCUCCCACCGGAGCCGCGGCCCGACGCGCAGAAAUGGAUAUGGAUGAACUACGAGUCCCCCACGCACACGUUCGAGCUGUGGCUCAUGGAGGGCGUCUUCAACCUCACCCUGACCUACCGGACGGACUCGGAUAUUUUCCUGCCUUACGGCUAUCUGGUCCCGCGGGCGCGCGCAGCGGACGGGGCUCCUGCUGGCGGCCAGCUCUCACUCUCAAGACACGCGCGUAAGCGCUUUGUGGCCUGGGUGAUCAGCAACUGGUCGGAGACCCACGCCCGAGUGGGCUUCUACCGGCAGCUCCGCGAGUUCAUCCGAGUGGACGUGUUCGGGCGCGCCGGGCGGCCGCUGCAGGCGGGCGGCGACAGCGUGGUGCGGCUGCUGCGGCGCUACAUCUUCUACUUGGCGCUGGAGAACUCGCAGCACACCGACUACGUCACGGAGAAGCUGUGGAACGCGGUGCUGGCCGGGGCGGUUCCGGUGGUCCUGGGACCGUCAAGGCAGAACUACGAGCGCUUCCUGCCGGCGGAGGCGUUCAUCCACGUGGAGGACUUCCCCACCGUGAAGGAGCUGGCCCGGUACCUGCUGGCUCUGAGGGGAGACCCGGCCCGGCUGAGGCGGCGGCACCUGGACUGGAGGAGGAGCUACAGCCUGAGGCAGCCGAGGUUCUGGAUGGAGCACUACUGUGCAGCCUGCAGGGCGGUGAGGAGGAACAGAGGACGGACUCAGACGGUGACGGGCCUGAGGAGGUGGUUUCACUCAUGAGAACAACGAUUCACUUUUAAUUUAUAGAUGAGAACGUUCUGGGAGUUCCCCUGGAUUUUGCUUCUGAGGAUUCGUCACUCAUUUUCACAUCAGUGUUUAUUGUUUUUAAGUGCACUCGCUCAUUUGACGGUUUAAUUCCAUGAAGUGAGCAGUCACCAAUUUUAAAACAAGCCAUAAACAUUGCAUUUGAUCAAAUCACCAAAUACACAUCAAACAUGUUGAUCAACGCUCUACUCACUACUAAUCAAAAGCAUCUUUGACUGGUAGGAACUCUGUGUUUCGACAUCUUUGCACUUCUCUGGAAGUUUGUUUCUGGAUUUGUGGUGCGCAGAAACUAAAUGCUGCUUCUCCGUGUUUGGUUACGUCUCAAGUCCGAUCUAUACGAUAUUCAAGCGUUUUU